AAGGCGAACAGGAGAGGAUGGAUAAUGAGUUCGGCGACGACGAUGGGCUGCGGCAGGCACGCAGCCGUCGGCGGUUUCAGACAGGCCUCGUGAUUUUUCUGCUGUUCUUCUUCAUGGACGCCAGGACGCCGCAGGAGACGCAAAACCGAGGCAAACGCGCAGCACAGGCGAGGACAAGUGCCAAGAACCAGGAGGUCACGCGAACGACCGUGCAUAGAUUAGCGGAAGGCCUCCUCGAUCACAUCGUUCCGCAGGGCCCCACCUACGCCCUCAGAAGCUCCUCCGAGAUCAAAGGGGAAUGGCGGCUAUCGGAUGCCGAGAGCUUUCGGACAGUGGUUCCUGCCAUGAAGGCUGCCGACCCGUCAGAGGGAAGCGGGUCGAAGCAUCGCCUGGACUUGAGGGACGAGACAAUAGCCCCUUCCGACACCGAGACCGCGCACUCCUCUCACUCACGCAUGAUGGCUUCCCUAGUCCAGGCGAAGGGGAACCCGGAGGUCAGCAUCGUCCACGGAACGCUGAACGUCGGGGAUGCGGCCACCAAAAGCAGCGGCGUUGACACCCUCUUCGAAGGACUUUUCUUCCACAAGUACGGCCACAUGUCCGCCGUCGUCGGAGCGUCGGGAGACGAGCUCAAGGUGGUCUGGACCCCCCCCCCCGCCAGCAGCAUCGCCGCAGCUUCCCCGGGAGUGGUGGCGGAGGAGGCCGCACCUCCUUCAGCAGCGGCGGCGGCAGCGCCGUCACCGCCCAAGGUCGAACCGCUCGAGGACAACUCCGUUGGCAGCGGCGGCGGCGGCGACCGAUUAACCUCCGGGAUCAAUGAGGCCGACAAGGGCGGCGAGAGCAGCAAGAGCACCGCCACCGCUGCUGUUGUGUCUGCUGCGUCAAGCAGCCGCAGCAGCGGCAGCAGCGGCAGCAGCGGUGACGCCGACGGCGGGAGCACCAACCCCGUGGUGGUUCCGACCGCCACCGGCCCUCCUCCGGCUGAGGAGGAGGCGGGAACGGAAGACGGCGGGGAGGGCGGUGGAGACGAAGCUGUGAAGGAGGAGGAGGAGGAGGAAGAGGAGGAAGAGCGGGGGGGGGGCGACACAAGAGGGCGGCGGGCCCUCGGGGAUGGCGAUCGUGUUUCGGAGGAGGGGGGAGGUGAGCGCGUCGACGGAGGGUGGGAGAACGGCAGCAGCCUUGAGCGGCGGGGCGGGGGACUGGGCUCUACAGAGCAGGCAGCAACAGUCGCGAGGUCAAUGGGUGGCUGGUUGUGGAGGGAGAAGGAGGGGGAUGGGGAGGAGAGGGGGGUGGGUGAGGAUGGAGCGGGUGUUGGCGAGGGGCGGCGACGGGCCCUGGACGGGUCUGAGAGACCGGGCGACUUGGUGAGACACCAAUUGACCCCGCAGCGGCAGGAAGGGGACGAGGAAGAGGCACCUCGCCACCAAAAGCAGACCGUCGCGGGAUCUAGACCGUCGCUGCUGGCGCGACAUCUCGACGAUGGGGCGGGGGCGGCGGGGGCGGCGGCCGAAGCAGAGCUGGACGCUCCCGUGACGGAAGAAGAAGCCAGAGAAGGAGCGGAUGAAGAAGAGGCGGGGGAGGCGGUGGCGGCGUUGACGCGGGAAUUCCCGGCGAUGGUGGUGCCGAAGGUGGCGGUGGCGACGGACGGUCAGGAGUCCGGCCCUCUGCCGUCGCAGUGGUACAACCUUCGCAAGGAGUACGGCCAGGGCUGCCUCUUCUUGUUGACCCUGCAGACCGUGGAAGAAGACAAAGGUUGGGAUGACGAUGGCAUAAUCGGCGCGGUGGGGGAGGAGGGCGGCGACGAAGCGGCUAACGCACGCAAGCCGCUAGCGGACCUCAUGAGGGGGGAGAUGGUGGGGGUAAACUGUGACUUCUCGGCCGUCAUCGAAGUCCAGCUGUCGCCGAGCACACUCCGGACGGCCCAGUCGCAGGCCGUCAACUACUCGGUGGUGUUCACCAUGGUCUGCCUCCUGCAGAUGUGCCUCCUCUGCUGCCGGGUUGGCCUGAUGCUGGCGCAAAGGCGGUACGGGCGCAACUUCAUGGUGCCCCAGCGAUUCCAACCCCCUAAGUUCGACUACCACCGGCCCAUUCCGCCCGAGCUGGUGGAGCAGGCGCAGACGGAAACUGCGGGGGGACAGCCUAGCGAGGAGAGCCGAGACCUCGAGGCCGGAAACUGCUUAGAGAACGGCUUCGAAUUUCCUCGCCUCUGCAGGAUCGCCGCGUGAGGGACGAUUUUUGAUUUGUUGUUUUCCUCUCUGUAGAGGGCUUGGUUUGCUCGCAAGAAUUUUUAUCUCGGCUGGUCGUGUAGGUUCGAUUGUUCUUUGUAGCGUAGGUGAGGCUUUGGUACUCGUGCCUGCUUCCGCACUCUCUCCUUGUUUUCUGUUUUGUGCAGGUGUGUAAGUUCAUGUGUCGGGGGAUUAUUUCCUUGUCUUUGAUGUUCUUCUCUCCUGUUACGUGGCGUGCUUGAUCGAGUGCGAGGGUGCAGUGAUCGUGGGAGGGGAAAGGCGGUCGGGACAAAAAACGGAUUGGAACUGCGUCGAUGUUGCUCCCACGAUCGUUCGUAUAUUCCAGCCUCAGUGCCCGAGAUGUCGAAAUCCCCGUGUGUGAGGUGCAUAAUGACUGUCACCAUGGUAGUCGUUUUGCCCUAUCUCGUCGAUCUGGUCCAGCGAGGUAUCGUUAGCUUGCGUUUGCAGGAAAGCUCCUUUUUUUGUAUGUAUGGCCCGGUGACACGCUCUUGGCUUCGGAAAAACAAUAACAAACGGCGAGUAGGCUGAACGGCGGAGGCCGAAGCUGAUACGGCUUCCUUGUUUUACAGUUGGCGGUUGGCAAGACUUUUGGUGAAGGAGAGCGGGGGACCGUGCUUGCUUGCUUGCUUGCUUGGCUCGCGCCUGUUUUGAAGUUGUUUGAAGAUGACGAGUUUUAACAAGCGCGUGAGAGUGGAAGGCGGACCCCAACAGCAGCGACAUGGCGCCUUUUCGCCCCCCCGUAGAGCUAGAUGAUACCCGCCCUCACGAGCAGAUCCAUGUCGGCAAGGGGGGCAGAUCGAUGCCGCUGAGCUUCCUGAAGGUGUGUGGACUAUCGCCUUUUUCUGGUGGUAUUUUGUCUCCGCGCUUCUUCCCUGCUGGUUAAUUUUGUUUUGUCCACGGUCGGGGGAUGGGAGGGGGUGCAAACGUCGAGGCAAGGACUGGUGCUCGUGUGUCCGGUUUCGUUUUGUCGUCGUUCGACCAUCUUGGGGUAAAGGGACCGCUGCUGUGAGGAGACGGCAGUGAGCUGGCCAGGUCGGCCGGCCGCUCCAGAGGUGGUGCGUUGCUACGGACGGAGGCGUUUGUCCAGUCGAUACGGAACGGCCGUGGUGCUGUUGUUCCCGUCCUGAGCGACCGGGGGAUGAUGAGGUGCGCACACGAGGGCAGGGAGAUGGGUUUGUAGUACCAGUGGCUUGUAC